CAAAUACUAUUAUUAUUAAUAAUAAUUAAUCAAAAAAAGAAAAUUCAAAUUCAUCUCUGUGUUUCCGCAGCAGCAACAACAAACCGAGCCCUUAUUCGUUAGGGCUCUCGGUUUAUUGUUAGCCAUGGCGGAGAAAGUAUCCGACGACGUGAUGCUUCUCCACGGCGACCUCGAUCUCAAAAUCGUUCAGGCGAGGAGGUUACCUAACAUGGACUUAUUCUCCGAUCGCAUGCGCCGCUGCUUCACCGCUUGCAACUCAUGCGCCAAACCUCCGGAAGUCGACGAAGAUCCAAGAAACAGAGACGGCGGCGAUCGCAACAUCCGCGGCCACCGCAAGGUCAUCACCAGCGAUCCCUACGUAACCGUCGUCGUCCCUCAAGCGACUCUCGCUCGCACGCGCGUCUUGAAAAACUCUCAGGAUCCUCUCUGGGACGAGCACUUCAACAUCUCCGUCGCGCAUCCGAUGCCUCACCUCGAGUUCCAGGUCAAGGACGACGACGUCUUCGGCGCGCAGAUCAUCGGCACGGCGAAGAUCCCCGUACACCAGAUCGCCUCGGGGCAGCGGAUCUCCGGGUGGUUCCCCGUCCUCGGCGCGUCGGGGAAACCGCCGAAGAAGGAGACGGCUCUCUACGUCGACAUGAAGUUCACCCCGUUCCACCAGAUCGAGACGUACCGUAGCGGAAUCGCCGGGGAUCCGGAUCGGAGAGGCGUGAAACGGACUUACUUCCCCGUGAGGAAAGGGAGCAAGGUGAGACUUUACCAAGACGCUCACGUGAUGGACGGGACGUUGCCGGAGGUUGGAUUGGAUAACGGGAAGGUUUACAAGCACGGCAAGUGCUGGGAGGAUAUUUGUUACGCCGUCUCCGAGGCGCACCAUAUGAUUUACAUCGUGGGGUGGUCGGUGUUCCACAAGGUGAGGCUUGUUAGGGAGCCUACGAGGAAGUUACCGAGAGGUGGUGAUUUGACGCUUGGGGAGUUGCUGAAGUAUAAAUCCGAAGAAGGUGUUCGAGUUUUGCUGCUUGUGUGGGAUGAUAAGACUUCUCAUGAUAAGUUUGGGAUUAGCACGCCUGGAGUUAUGGGGACGCAUGAUGAAGAGACUAGGAAGUUUUUCAAGCAUUCUUCUGUGAUAUGUGUGUUGUCACCUCGUUAUGCUAGUAGUAAGCUUGGUUUGUUUAAACAACAGGUUGUUGGCACUCUCUUCACGCACCAUCAGAAGUGUGUUCUUGUAGAUACUCAGGCUGUUGGUAACAAUCGCAAGAUCACAGCUUUCAUUGGAGGUAUUGAUCUUUGUGACGGCCGCUACGACACACCUGACCACCGGAUACUACACGAUCUUGACACUGUAUUCAAGGAUGAUUUUCACAAUCCUACAUUUCCAGCUGCUACCAAGGCUCCAAGGCAACCGUGGCACGAUUUGCACUGUAGGCUAGACGGCCCUGCGGCGUAUGAUGUUCUCAUAAACUUUGAGCAGCGGUGGAGAAAAGCGACCCGAUGGAAGGAGUUUAGCUUGCGUCUAAAGGGAAAAACUCACUGGCAAGAUGAUGCAUUGAUCCGGAUAGGACGUAUAUCAUGGAUUCUAAGUCCAGUGUUUAAGUUUCUGAAGGAUGGUACCUCAAUUGUCCCGGAGGACGAUCCAGUUGUUUAUGUUUCCAAAGAAGAUGAUCCUGAGAAUUGGCAUGCUCAGGUAUUCCGUUCUAUCGACUCAGGAUCCGUGAAAGGAUUUCCGAAAUAUGAAGACGAGGCUGAGGCACAAAAUCUGGAAUGUGCCAAGCGUCUUGUAGUAGAUAAAAGCAUCCAGACUGCAUACAUCCAGACAAUCAGAUCUGCUCAGCAUUUCAUAUACAUCGAGAAUCAGUAUUUCCUUGGUUCGUCUUAUGCUUGGCCUAAUUAUAAAGAUGCAGGAGCUGACAAUCUUAUUCCAAUGGAGUUGGCACUAAAGAUUGUUAGUAAAAUCAGAGCUAAAGAAAGAUUUGCUGUAUAUGUCGUUAUACCAUUGUGGCCUGAGGGGGACCCAAAGUCUGGACCUGUGCAAGAAAUUCUGUAUUGGCAGAGCCAAACUAUGCAGAUGAUGUAUGAUGUCAUAGUACGAGAACUGAAAGCAGUGCAGUCAGAUGCUCAUCCUCUCGAUUACCUUAACUUUUACUGCCUUGGUAAACGAGAGCAACUUCCAGAGAAUAUGCCAGCCACAAAUGGCAGUGCGGUAUCGGAUUCGUAUAAGUUCCAGCGUUUUAUGAUCUAUGUGCACGCGAAGGGGAUGAUAGUAGAUGAUGAGUAUGUACUCAUGGGAUCUGCUAAUAUCAACCAAAGAUCAAUGGCCGGCACGAAAGAUACAGAAAUAGCCAUGGGUGCAUAUCAACCCCAUCAUACAUGGACUAACAAGGGAAGACACCCACGUGGCCAGGUGUAUGGAUACAGAAUGUCACUAUGGGCAGAGCACUUAGGCAAAACCGCAGAUGAGUUCGUGGAACCUUCUGAUCUAGAAUGCGUCAAGAACGUGAACGAAAUCGCUGAAGGAAACUGGAAAAAGUUCACAAAUACUAAAUUCUCGGAGCUGCAAGGUCACUUGAUUAAAUAUCCUCUACAAGUAGACAGUGAUGGUAAAGUGAGCUCACUUCCAGAUUACGACAGCUUCCCAGAUGUUGGUGGCAAGAUCAUCGGAGCUCAUUCCAUGGCCCUCCCUGAUACUCUAACCACGUAAUGUAACAUUGUUCGUUUCGAUCCUGAAGAAAAAAGAAGCUGAGAGUGUUGUGUGAUUUGUGUACAUUUAACUGUGUUGUUUUGUUUAAUUCUUUUGUGAUUUGUCGUCAAAAAAGUAGUGUGUGUGGACUAUGGAGGCAAAUCUCAGUUACGUAAGGAUGCUCUCUGUGUUUCUUAUUUUUCUCAAUUAAUAAUAAAACUGUAAUAUAAUUUCAAAUGAAUGUAACUACAAGUGUUUGGUUCU